AUGACGUUAAAAUUGUUUUUGUGGAUUGUAACAAUUUUUUCUUUCAUAAAUUAUGGAAUAACAGAUUUAGAGGAUUCCAAAAUUCCUGGCAAAACUCUUGCCCAACUUUUACAUGAAAAAGAAAGUAAUGAGGGAUCUGAUCAUUCCGAACAGAAAACUAAAACUAUAGCUACAUUAUUCAAAGAGGAAGAAAAUGAAAAAUUUCUAAAGGAAGAAGUUUCCACUAAAAAAGAUUAUGGGAAUCAGGGGAAUUUGAAAUCAAGUUUGAAAAAAGAAAAUGGUGGUCGAGAGAAGAAAAUAAAGAAAGUUAACUUUCAACAUAAUAUUGCUACAUAUCAUGAAGCAAUUGAUCCCAAAGAUGAUAAUAUGCCCGAAGUUUAUUAUAAAGAUCCGCCGUUCCUCUAUGAAAAUGAUGAAAAAGAUGAGGAAAAGGAAGAAGAUCAUGAAAAAAAUAUUAAAAAAAGAGAAAAUUAUCUAAAACUUUCAGUUGAUGAAAGAUUGAAAAAAUAUUCGAAAAAUAUAGCACCCUUGGAAUAUGCCGUUAAUUUAUUAAAAAAUAAAGAGAAACAAGAAAAACUUGCUGCUUUAAUUGGCAAUAAAAAAUUUAAUCAAAUUCUCAAAAAAUUUCAGAACAAAAAAGAAUUUUUAGCAUUAAAGUCUAGUAUAGAAGAAAAAUUGGAAACGGCUUCAACAAACAAGGUGCCAUUUUUCGACCCGUUAAAGAAAUCAAAAAGCCAGAAAAAAUAUUUAGAUGAUCUUGUCGAGGCGGGCUAUCUGCGUUUACUCUUUGCCGUUGAAUUGUGUUCAAAAAUUGAAGAUAUUUAUAAAAACAACACUGAAGAUAAGGAUUAUAUGAAAAAGUAUUGUGCUGAUCAAAUGAAUAAAAAUUUUAUACAAAAGUUUUAUGAAAAAAAUAUUUAAAUUAUUUAA